GGGCAAUUAUGAAGUCUCUGCUUUACUUCGCUGUAUUCUGCUUGGUUGCCGCCGUCACUUCGGCUGGCUACUAUGGUGGCUAUGGCCUUGGCUAUGGACUUGGACUGGGCUACGGGGGACUCGGCUACGGACUGGGAUACGGCCUCGGGUAUGGAGGUCUUGGAUAUGGACUCGGAUACGGCCUCGGAGGGUACGGCCUUGGUUACGGCUUGGGAUACGGAGGAUAUGGCUUAGGAUACGGAGGCCUUGGAUACGGCGGCUAUGGCUACAAGAGGUACAUCGGUUAUGGAGGCUUUUAUGGUUGAAGGACUAGGUCUGACGUUGUCAAAUAAAUAUUCGCUAC